CGGCCGCCGCGGGCGAGAGCGGCUGAGUCCCCGCCCCGCCACUUCCGGUCCCGCCGCCCGGAGCCGGUGCGGCUGUGAGGGGCCGUGUGUCGCCGCCGCGGGCCGGCCGGGCAUGGUGUUGGGUGCCGGGCCCGCCUCGCCUGUCUCGGGGUGCCCAGGGUAAAGGUAGCAGUAAUGCUGACGUUGGCAAGCAAACUGAAGCGGGAGGACGGUCUCAAAGGGUCCCGGACGUCAGCCACGGCCUCCGACUCCACUCGGAGGGUAUCUGUGAGAGACAGGCUGCUUGUUAAAGAGGUUGCGGAGCUUGAAGCUAAUUUACCAUGUACAUGUAAGGUGCAUUUUCCUGAUCCAAACAAGCUUCAUUGCUUUCAGCUAACUGUAACCCCAGAUGAGGGUUACUACCAGGGUGGAAAAUUUCAGUUUGAAACUGAAGUUCCUGAUGCGUACAACAUGGUGCCUCCCAAAGUGAAAUGCCUGACGAGGAUCUGGCACCCCAACAUCACAGAGACAGGCGAAAUAUGUCUAAGUUUACUGAGAGAACAUUCGAUUGACGGCACCGGCUGGGCUCCCACAAGGACAUUAAAGGAUGUUGUCUGGGGAUUAAACUCUUUGUUUACUGAUCUUUUGAAUUUUGAUGAUCCGCUGAAUAUUGAAGCUGCAGAACAUCAUUUGAGGGACAAGGAGGACUUCCGGAAUAAAGUGGAAGACUACAUUAAGCGUUACGCCAGAUGAUAGGAGGAGGAGACGGUGGGGCUGCGGACUGUGUGUUGUAGGCUUGUCUCCAACCUCAACCAAGAGGGAGCCCCCCUCCCCAGUCCUCGCUCCCCUCAGACCCACAGGGUCAUCCACAUCCUGUGACCAUGCUGUCCCGAGGAAGAACCUCUUCACGGCUGCCCAUUGUAGAUGGAGAGUCCCACAUAAAUACAGCAAGAAAAUGUGUUUGGGGUUCUAAAGAGUUGUCUGCUUCCCUUAACAUGUUUACUUUUUGGAAACUGUACUGUAUAGGCUAUUGAGAGAUUCCUGAGAAGUUGUAAUGAACUCAGAAUUGAGGCUAGCGCUUGCUUCUUCCCCUUUUCCCCAAAUCCUUCCCCGCACAAGUGAUCCUGAUGACGUGCUCAGUGUAGCUCGCAGAGGAGCAGUGAGAAACCCGCUACAUACUGUGAUUGGAUGCCAGUUCUCUUAGCCCCUCACACGGAUGUUGGCCCUGCCUAGAUGUCGUGAAGUUUCCCAGAAUGCGUAGUCAUUCACUGUAGAUCUCUUACUGAAAUGCGUAUUUUAUUUAAUGUAAGUAUAUUUUGGAACAGAUUUGUAAUUUGUACAAUUUAAUGCUUUAAUUAUUUUUUUCUAUUCUCA